AAAAAAGAAGGAAACUGGAUUCAUUUAAACCGACACACGUUGCAGAAACCUUCACUACACUCGAGAAAAACGCAUCGUUUCACCUGGUUCCCUCUUCCUUCUCAGCUCAGCGCCUCAGCCUCCUUCCACGGCGGUUCCACCUCUCUCCUUCUCUUCUUCCAGGGUUCGCAGCAUGGCUAAGUCGCUUUCGAAUUUGCUCUUCAAGGGGCUUUCGUUUUCCGGCUCGGCUGCUCGUCCUGCCACAAUUGCUCCUGCAUCCUUUUAUCUUAGUGGCUUGAGAUACAACACCAGUGUGCCAAAUGAGGCCGACACACACGAUGAUUUUAAACCAACUAAUAAGCUUGAGAGUUCUGACCUUAGCUUGAAGGACCUUGUUGAAAAGGAUGUCAAGGACAACCCUGUAAUGCUUUACAUGAAAGGAGUGCCUGAAGUUCCUCAAUGUGGAUUCAGCUCACUUGCUGUUAGAGUAUUGAAACUAUAUGAAGUUCCUUUGGCUUCUAGAAAUAUCGUGGAAGACCCUGAACUGAAAAGUGCUGUAAAAGCCUUUAGCCACUGGCCGACGUUUCCUCAGAUAUUCAUCAAGGGGGAGUUUGUCGGAGGGUCAGAUAUUAUUCUCAAUAUGCAUCAGAGUGGUGAACUGAAGGAAAAGCUUAAGGACAUCUCAGGCAGUCAGGAGAAGAAAUCUGAAUAAGUUGUUGAAUUUGGGCUGUGGAGUGCAGAGUAGUACAUUUCUUCCAUGUUUUUCUUUUGUUGCUGAAAGAUGACAAAUAUGUGGGAUUAUGUAUCACUGGAGUUAAUAAACUAAUUUUAUCAUAUCAAGAGUAAUAAAUGUCGCUUAUUUAUUUAUCUCA